AUGUGGCCCCUAGUGGCUGCCUUCGUUUGCCUGACCGUGGCCUUGUCCGGAGGAAUCUCCCGGGACUACCCCAAGAUUCUCAAUGGUACCAAUGGAACCAACGGUUUUCUCCCGGGGGGCUACACCUGCCUCCCCCACUCUCAGCCAUGGCAGGCAGCUCUACUGGUCCGUGGACGACUUCUCUGUGGAGGUGUUCUGGUUCACCCCAAAUGGAUACUCACAGCAGCUCACUGCAGGAAAGAUGGGUACACAGUUCACCUAGGCAAGCAUGCCCUGGGGCGUGUGGAGAACGGCGAGCAGACAAUGGAGGUGGUCCGCUCUAUCCCCCAUCCUGAAUACCAGGUCAGCCCCACCCACUUGAACCACGACCAUGAUAUCAUGCUUCUGGAGCUGAAGUCCCCAGUCCAGCUCAGCAGCCAUAUCCGUGCUCUGCCACUCUCCCCGGACGACUGCCUGCCCACUGGCACCUGCUGUCGCGUUUCUGGCUGGGGUACCACCACCAGUCCCCAGGUGAAUUACCCUAAAACCCUGCAGUGUGCCAACAUUGAACUGCGCUCAGACGAGGAGUGCCGACAGGUGUAUCCCGGAAAGAUCACGGCCAACAUGCUUUGUGCUGGUACCAAAGAAGGCGGGAAGGACUCUUGUGAGGGUGAUUCAGGGGGCCCACUGGUUUGCAACGGCAAACUCUAUGGCAUCAUCUCAUGGGGAGAUUUUCCAUGUGGGCAGCCCAAUCGACCUGGUGUCUACACACGAGUCUCAAAAUAUCUGCGUUGGAUCUGGGAGACAAUCAGAAACACUCCAAAGCAGAGAGAGACAAGGGGCAGACAAUAAAACUGGGUUAAUUUGCCUGCCUCCUUCCCCUACUGUGCCUAUCUCACUGUGUGCUCCUCCCUUCUCUGUCCCCUGUGCCCUAAGUGUCACUUUGAAACCAUGCACUCACAUUCGCUGCCAGCCACACCCCCUCUACUAGCCUUGAAAUGCUUCAGUAGCUAGAGUACCCCAACCCAAAUGCCAGCCAAGUCCACAGCUACAUCGUCACGUUACCAUAAACUGAAGUUGAUGCCUGCACAGCCCAACUCUGUUUAUCCUCUUCAGGCCCUCAUGAACUCAUCUCAGUAGCGUUCGUAGAUAGACCUUCCCUGACAGCUUCUUGGAACCCUCAAAAUAUUUACCCCAUGACAACACUGUAUGUUUUAUAUUCAAGAAGGUUCUAGAUUCCUUGCAUUCUGAAAAUCUCUCUUGUCCAGAAUCCUCUGCCCUGACCACAUCCUAUACUCUUCAAGAUGACUCAUCACAGCUACUCUAGACCCUCUUCAUAACUCAUUCCUGCUCCGACAUCCCCACACAAACUACAUCCCACAUUCUAUUCCUGCUCCGACAUCCGACACA